CAACACACAAGGCUGGCCAUCGAGUGAUUCUGGAACAAAUUGUAACAUGGACCCCUUAUUUUUUUUAUUUUUCCAACAUGACCUCCUCAAGCGAAAUUCCAAAUGCCCAAGCAUUCAAGCUUUUCUUACCACAAGUUGAGAAUCCCGUCCACCUGUAUUGCAUCCAACACAGAACUGUUGGAGAUAUGUAAAAAGUCGAGAAUCAGAGGCACGUGCCGUCAAAAAGGCGACCAUCAAGGAAGGAAUGCGGGGAAUGCUUGCAAGACAGGUUGCCCCAUGUACACUUCAGCAGCUGUUCCCGGUCCUAUCCGCUGCGAGCGAGUCCACUUGACCCACGCCACUUUCCAGCUCUCCCUUACCAAGACUGGCCGGCCGCUACCCUGUAACUCUAAUGCUCUUAUCGCUCAGUGAUUAUCUCGUCAUCUACAACAACAUCAACCCGUGCUCAGCCUUCACCCCCUUUCCCGCCCACCUCGGUCGCCUUGCUUUUUCCUCCUUAACGUGCUCCCUUGACGCCAGUGUUAUUUCCCAGGCCUACAGCGGAUGACUACCUAGGCGCGCCACGACGCGACGGCUCAAGCCCGCCCGACCCAACGUCCCAACUGCAGCUUGUUUCUAAGCCCUACGCAAGUCCUGGUCAAGAGCAGGCCAGACGCCUCCUUGCGGCCGCUUGCGCUGUGAUAUUCUACGAUGCGACCUCCACGGAUCGCGAUACUAGUUCUUUUCUUCUCCGCGUCGCUCUUCCUCGUGUGCAGGGCCAUCAGUUCCCUCCGCCAUCCCAACGCCGCCCCCGCCGUGACACCAUUGACGACCCGGAAAUCGUCAUUCCGGAGCUUCUUCUCCUUCACUGCGCCGUUCUCGCUCUUCCCUCCCAAUGCUGCUAUAAGCCUGUUCGAUGAUAAUAGUACCUUCUUUGCUGCGCGACCGGCUGCCUUUGGGCCCAUCCUCCCUGCCGACGGCCUGAGCGGGCAACUAUGGAUAGGAAGUGGAUUUGCUGAAGAUCAUCUCCAAGAGGGCGAGGUUGGGGGCGAGCUCGGCUGCAGCGAUCUCCCGGGCUGGGAGGAUGGGAGACCUAAACUGUCGAUCAAAACCACUGUACAUGGAUCCGCAGCCUCAAAGUCAGGGCCCGUUGCACUGAACACCAAAAGUACAAAGCGUGAUCCUUUGGGCGCAGGGAUUCCAGCGGACGGAAAAUCUUCAGAAAGGCGUCACGAUGGGACCGACGACUACCUUCACCAGGAACUUGACCAGACUCGCAGCCCCUACAGCGAAGGCUCGGUGGUCUCGGCGUCAAGUCAUGCCGAUAUCCAAUCCAUGCAGGAGACGGCAGAAAUUACGGGCAAGAUCACAUUGCUGAGCAGAGGUGGUUGUGGGUUCCUGGAGAAGGUCAAGUGGGCGCAGCGCCGCGGUGCGAUCGGGGUGAUUGUUGGAGAUAAUGUGAAAGGGGGUCCGUUGAUCCAGAUGUUUGCGAGGGGCAAUGUCGAUAAUGUCACAAUCCCCUCGAUUUUCACAUCGCAGACGACCGCCAUGCUACUGUCAUCACUCGCGCAACCAGGCAGUUUCAUCGAAGAUAUUCUGGACGAGAACGGAAACCCGAUCUUGAAAGUACAGCACUCCAGCAAGCCUGGGGUCAAUAAGCAAACCAAAGCGGCCGAUACAGGUGCGGGCCAUAGACCCAAAUCUGGCCCUCACGCCCAGGGGGUCAAAACUGCGUCGUUCCAGGAUGCCUCGGCCCCUGCGGUCAAGAAGUCACGCUCGACACGCAGGAGCUGGAUCUCCCGUCUGUUCUUCUGGGGGGAUAGUGGAAGCAAAGGGUCAGAGCAGAGCCGGCCGCCAAGCAGUGGUCGUCUGAACUGGGUCGCAGCUGACGAGUGGAGCGACGAAAGCAUCAGACUCCUCCAAUCAAGUGCGGAUAAGGUUAACAAGAAUGGAGCGGGUGGUCGUGCGUCCUCUGAGGAGGACAAGUCGCCGGGUGAUGGUUUUCAGAUAGGUGUACAAGACUGGCGUGACCCCGAUCUUGUUAGGUCUUCCGAGGAGGACGAGGAAGAUCGGCCGGCGCCGGAAAACCAGUCCACCAACAAGGAGUCUAGUGGUUUGAGAGGUGGCAGUAUCACGCCAGGUAGUGGCGAGUAUGUCCCUGGAGACUCACAUGGCCAUCGUUCUGGAAAGUCUGGUUCUUCCUCGGAAAGCUCCAGUGGGCUUAUUUAUAAGCUCUUCGGGGAUGACGCUAAAGAGCAAUCUGCCGCAGAGGAGAGCUCAAGACCGACGCCGGAAAGCUUGGGGAACAAAGACGAUGGCAAUGUGCGGGAAGGCUUAUGGGUCACGAUCACUCCUGCCGGCAGUGCCAGUCCAUUCUUUGACACCCUGUUGGUCCUGGUGAUCAGCCCCUUGAUUACCCUCACGGUUGUGUACACGCUUCUUAUCUUGCGAGCUAAGUACAGAAGGCGGAGAUGGAGAGCACCCAAGGCUGUGGUCGAUCGGUUGCCGGUACGGACCUACCGCACAGUUGCGCCAUCGCCCAGCCAAUCAUCCAGGACGCCGUCGCCCAACAGCUCCUCACCUACAACACCCCUGUUGCAAGGAAAUUCGAGAUCGCGGCCCCGGUCUCGGACCACCACUGGCGUGCCUGAGCCUUCGGAUCUUUUGAGGGCUGAUAACGCUUUGCAGGCCGGGCGAUCAUCCUCACCAGACAACACCCGGGUGCAUGGUGCCAGUCAAUGGAAGAAGUACAUGGGAAGACAGAGCGAAUGUGUGAUUUGCUUGGAGGAAUACGUGGACGGCGUCAGCAAGGUCAUGAGCUUGCCUUGUGGCCAUGAGUUCCAUGUGGACUGCAUCACACCAUGGCUCACUACCAGACGGAGAACUUGCCCGAUAUGCAAAAAUGAUAUCGUCAAGUCUCUGGCUCGUGGUUCGCCAUCAAGCCCACACUACGAGCCGUAUCAUGACGACAGCGAGUACACUCAUCCUGAACCUUCCAGCUUCGUGAACUCCAACAGUGGAUCGUAUUCCUCCAACCACUUGUCAGACGUGGAGGAAGGAAGAGAGGCUCUUGCGCGAGUACAGAGAGAGAUACAUGAGGUGAGAUGGUAUGACUUCAUGGCGCACCUACUAAGGGGCGAGCCCGGACAGGCAUUUUUGAAUCGGCACGAGAACCGGCGUUUUGCGGCCGACGACCGUGAAGAGAGCCGCCUGUAAUACAGCAUGGUGAUAGUGGCAUCCGUUGUUUUUUGAAGAGAUUUCGCAUUUUGGGCUGGCGCACUUGGGGUGGGAGGUCAUUUUCAUGGGCGUUGGUCAAGGGGCCGAACACCUGGGAUUGUUCAAAACCGUCACUCGCUCUUUUACAUACACAACUUUGAUACCUCUUUUCGUUUUUGACC